GAGCGCGGCUGUAGCGAUGUCGGGGUCCGGGGGUGGCAGGAUAGACGUCAACCGGGCCGGCGCGGCGGAACUGGAGCGUGCCUUGGUCGGGAUUGGGCGCCGCCGAGCGCGAGGGAUCGUGCGGAAGAGGGAGGAGCUGAGGGGCUUCGCCCGCCUGGAGGACCUGCUGCGCGUCAAGGGCAUCACCGCCCGGACCCUGGAGCUGAACCGACAGCGCGUGACCUGCUCGCACCGCCCAGAGAUUCCCGACGGCCCCCCAAGACGGCGCCCCGAUGGCGCCCAAGGCUCUCCGCGCGCCGGCAGGGAGGCCGCGGUGGCGCGCAGUCUCGCUUCCCCUGCCCAGGAUGGCGGCGGAGCGGGAGGAGCGCGCGGAGAAGUCGCCACUGCCCGUAGCCCCGGAGGGCCGGAGCGCAGUCCAGAGCGCGGCGGCCGGUCCGGUUCCCCGCGAGGCAGCGGCGAGUCGGAGGAGGAGAGCGAGAGCAGCGACGAGGCGGGCGGGGACGGCUACUUCUACUACACGGUGGACGAGCGCUGGAUCGAUUAUGUGGAGCGGACGGAGGGCGGGGGGCUUCUCCAGCACUCCCGGCCAAAGAUGAAGCGCAAGUCGGAGGGUGGGGGCCCCGAGGGCAGAACCCAGUCCCCCGGGAAGAAGCUCUGCAAAAGUUCUGAGCCGGGCAGGGUGCUGGCCCCCUGCAUCGCCCGGCCUGCAGCCACUUUUGGGGAUCUUCGGAAUGCCAAGGCCAGCCAGGCACGGUGCCGACAGGUCCCCCCUGUGGCUCCGCCCCCUGAGCUGCAGGACUGGUUACGCACUUUCCAGGUGUGCAGAUGGCAGGCUGAGGACUUAUACCAAGGAGGCCCAUCAGAGCGCUGGAGUGGCCCAGAGAAGCUGCUGGCCCUGGAUGAGCUCAUUGACCGCUGUGAGCCCCCUCAGAUUAAGCACAUGAUGCAAGUGAUCGAGCCCCAGUUCCAGCGUGACUUCAUCUCACUUCUGCCGAAGGAGCUGGCUCUCUAUGUCCUCUCCUUCCUGGAACCUCGGGACCUGCUCCGAGCUGCACAGACAUGUCGCUACUGGCGCAUUCUGACCGAAGACAAUCUGCUCUGGCGGGAGAAGUGCCGCGAUGGAGGUAUCGAGGAGCCACUGAGCCUGCGUAAGCGUCGGCUGCUGAGCCCGGGCUUCAUGUACAGCCCAUGGAAGCUGGCCUUUCUACGACAGCAUCGCAUUGAUAUGAACUGGCGCAAUGGAGAUGCCCGGCCCCCCAAGGUCCUGAAAGGUCACGAUGACCACGUCAUCACCUGUCUCCAGUUCUGUGGCAACCGCAUUGUCAGUGGCUCAGAUGAUAACACGCUCAAGGUUUGGUCUGCCAUCACUGGUGAGUGUGUGCAGACUCUGGUAGGACACACUGGUGGUGUUUGGUCCUCCCAGAUGAGGGACAAUAUCAUCAUCAGUGGCUCUACAGAUCGGACCUUGAAAGUGUGGAACGCGGACACUGGUGAAUGCGUGCACACUCUCUACGGUCACACCUCAACUGUGCGUUGCAUGCAUCUCCAUGACACUAGGGUGGUGAGUGGCUCCCGGGACGCCACUCUCCGUCUUUGGGAUAUAGAGACCGGGCAGUGCCUACAUGUGCUAAUGGGACAUGUGGCUGCUGUGCGCUGCGUCCAAUAUGAUGGGUAUAAGGUGGUGAGCGGUGCCUACGACUAUACAGUAAAAGUCUGGGAUCCAGAGACAGAGAGCUGCACCCACACUUUGCAAGGCCACACCAACCGGGUCUAUUCCCUGCAGUUUGAUGGCACCCACAUUGUGAGUGGCUCCUUGGACACCUCAAUCCGCGUAUGGGAUGCCGAGAGCGGCAACUGUUUGCACACCCUGAUGGGGCAUCAGUCCCUCACCAGCGGCAUGGAAUUGCGGGAAAAUAUCCUUGUCUCUGGCAAUGCUGACUCCACCGUGAAAAUUUGGGAUAUCAAAACGGGACAGUGCCUGCAGACCCUCCAAGGGCCCAGUAAGCACCAGAGCGCGGUCACUUGCCUCCAGUUCAGUUCCAAGUUUGUCGUGACCAGCUCAGACGACGGCACAGUCAAGCUGUGGGAUCUCAAGACGGGGGAAUUUGUGCGCAACCUGGUUGCCCUGGAAAGUGGGGGCAGUGGGGGGGUUGUCUGGCGCAUCCGUGCUUCCAACACCAAGCUUGUGUGUGCUGUGGGCAGCCGCAACGGCACUGAAGAAACCAAGCUGCUGGUGCUGGACUUUGACGUGGACCUGAAAUGAGGGAUUGGACUGCUUGGGGAGCCUGCGGGCCGGGUGGCCCCACUGGGGGACGGGGUGGUGUUCGAGGUCAGCUUAUUUAUAACUGAUGCAGGGGACCUCCGUGGCUGGCAAAGUGGGAGAGCACUGGGGGACUGUUUUGUACACACUCAUAA